AAACAGAAACCAGCAUGCUUGUUUAUUUGAUAACAUUCGCACCAAUUCGUCUUGUGUAGCGAAAUCUCGAACCACAGCGAUUGUGUAGAAUGUUUUCCAGAUCUUAGUACCGUGCUCAACAAUCACUAAUUUCUCAUAUUUGUAAGUGAUGUUCAUGUAACAAUUGCCCCUCCAGUGUUCGUCCAGGCAUGUCCAGGAAAAGGGAAGAAAAAGAAAUUCUACAAAAACUUACCAAACUAUCGCUAAAAGAAUCAACACCACAAACGAGAAGAAAUGGACAAAGUAAAAGCGCACAACUUUCCCCACAUCUGUUACCGGUGGUGGAGGUAACAGACCGGGUAGCGUUGGAUUGUGAAAUGGUUGGCAUCGGUCCGGGUGGCAAAGAGCACAUGCUGGCCCGGGUAUCACUCGUGAACGAGCGGGGCGAGAUCAUCGUCGAUCGAUACGUAAAACCGCAGGAAAGCGUGACAGAUUAUCGGACCGAUAUCAGCGGUAUACGACCGGAACACAUAACGCACGGUGUCGACUUUAGAACAGUUCGUGAACUGGUGCGGCAGAUUAUACACGGCAAAAUUCUGGUCGGUCACGCGCUGAAGAACGAUCUUUUGGUGCUAAACCUGCGACAUCCUAAGUACAACAUUCGCGACACUUCCCGGUUCCGUCCAAUAGCGAAGAAAGCAGGUGCGUUCGGGACACCUAGCUUGAAAAGCAUAGCGUUUGCACUGCUGGGCGAAGACAUUCAGGACGGUUCACACGAUUCGGUCGAAGAUGCACGGGCUGCCAUGAAGAUUUACAUGCUUUUCGAGAAGGAAUGGGAAAAGAACGCGAUACCUGCGUGGGUCGCACAGUUUGAAUGAGUGAGAUUCAACGCAAUUCUAGUUGGGGCCACGUGAGAGACAGUCAGCAUGUGUUGCAGUCCCGCCUUCUGUUAUUGAAAUACAUUUCUCUUAGUUUUAUAUAAAAGAAAGCCAGCAGCGAAUAAAUAUAAUUAAUUCUUAAACA